AUGGAAAUGAGAAACCAAACAGCUUUUUUAGAAUUUCAUCUCCUCGGGCUGACAAAUGAUCCUGAACUAGAACACCUUAUAUAUGGUAUAUUUAUGUGCAUAUAUCUUGUCACAAUUCUGGGAAACAUAGUCAUCCUCCUUGCAGUCUAUUCAGAUUCCCACCUCCACACUCCCAUGUACUUCUUUUUAUCCAUUUUGUCCAUUAACGACAUGUGUCUAAGUUCAAGCACUAUUCCCAAAAUGUUGGUGAACAUUCAAGCACAGAAUAACAAAAUCAGUUAUAUGCAAUGCAUCUCUCAACUCUGCUUUGUCUCAGUUUUCAGUGGUAUGGAAAAUUUUCUCCUUGCAGUAAUGGCCUAUGACCGUUAUGUGGCCAUUUGUAAACCUCUGAGUUACACAGUCACCAUGAACCCCUGCUGUUGUGCCCUUUUUGUUCUGCUCUGCCUUUUGUUUAGCAUUAUAGAUGCUCUACUCCACAGUCUGAUGGUGCUGCAGUUGUCAUUCUGCACAAACCUGGAAAUCCAUAACUUCUUCUGUGAACUUGCUCAGAUCCUAAAACUUGCCUGUUCUGAUACCUUCAUUAAUAACUUGCUUAUAUUUGCUGCAGUUUUCAUAUUUGCAGGUGGUGCAUUCUGUGGAGUCAUUUUUUCAUAUAUUUAUAUUUUGUUGUCAGUUUUGAGAAUGACAUCCCAAACAGGAAAGAAAAGAGCCUUUUCUACCUGCACAUCUCAUAUAUCUGUUGUAUUCUUGUUUUAUGGAGCUGGUCUUGGUGUGUAUUUCAGUUCCUCAAUAACUGAAUUUACAAGAUAUUCAGCAGUGGCAUCAGUGAUGUACACUGUAGUCCCUCAGAUGCUGAACCCCUUUAUCUACAGUCUAAGGAAUAGAGACAUGAAGAAAGCUUUUGGGAAAUUCAUUUCUUGGAUAUCUUAG